AUGUUCUGUGACGACAAGACCAUUAUACCAUUCCUCCCACUCCCGCCUUCAUUCGACUCUGUUGAUCGAGCCCAUUGGGAAUCAGUAUUGCAGCAAAUCCAGGAAUGGCUCACCACCAAAGUUGACACAGAAUCAUCGCUGUGGACGUGGGGACGCGACACUUUCUGGCUGAUGUUGGUUGCCGCCCAUCCGUCCUUCCUGAUGGGCAAAUGGCCGAUGUGGGACCCUCUUAUUCCACUGGAGGGAUCAUUCAUCGAACAGUGGUUAGAGCGUUCGAGUGAUGGUGGUGCUGAUGGCGCUGAUGAGGAGGCUCUGACCCAGGUAGUGAAUAAUAUAUGGGAUGAAUUUUGCAGACACGCGGCGCUCUUCUAUCCCCUUCCCCUCAUUGCCUUGGAUUGA